UUUGACAUUUUACACGAAUUAAAACGCCAAAAAUGUGAUACACUGGACGGAAAUAUCAGCUUACAAACAGCAUAUAGACUCCAGAAACAUGGGAAAACAGAGGGGGAAAAGAAGAACGGUACUACAACUGAGUGAUAACAAGGACAGUUUUCUAGCUCGAUAUGGCUAUGGUCGACAAAAUGAAGAAGAUGAUGAUUCCAGAGGUGCAUAUGCUGAUGGUGGAUAUGAUGAGGAUGAACAAGGAUCUGAUGAAGAGCUUGAUGAAGGGCCCUCUACAAGGGAUGGAACCUCUGACUCCCUACCACCUGGCCAAGUGAAUGGUGGGAAAACAGACAUAGAUGACAAAGUGGCUGACUUCCUGGCUGAAAUUGAUGCCUUACCUGUCCCAGAUGAUGAAGAGGAAGAGGAUGAGGAUGAAGAGGCCCGUCCAAGCUUUAAGGUAGAAAUUCCUCCACCUAGUUUCAAACUCAACACAAAUGCGCAAAGUAGCAAUGAUCAGGAAGAAAACUCUGUAAGGAAUUUCAGGAACGAUACUUCACACACGAAGACUUACAAUAAAAGGGAAGAAGCAGCUAAAGACAUGGAAUCUAGAUCCAAGUACAAGAGUAUGUUUGUGAAGGGGGCAUCUGAGUUCAUGACACAGAAGGAAAAUACAGAAGCCGUAGCUAAAGAAUCCAAGGAAGAGCAAUGGCCUGAAGAGCCUGUGUCAGUUUGGCAGCAAACACUGGAUGAACACACUCAAUGUUUCUACUACUGGAACACAGUCACUAAUGAAGUUACUUGGGAGAUCCCAGCAGAAUUCACCCAGUAUCUAUUACUACGCAAAGAGUAUGAGGAGAAAGUUGAGCGACUCACCAAGGAAGGCCGUGUCAAACCAACAAAGCCCAAACAGGACAAUCCUGACAGUGUGAGUUCUGGAAAAAGUAGCCUGUUUGGUCCAGAGUUGCCAUCUGGAAGUGUUUCAUCUCUUGAAGGAGGAGACAAUUCUGGGGUUUCAUCAACCUCCAGUUUCCUGGUUCAGAAGAAAACCAGUGGUAUUCUCAAAAACACAGACCACCAGCAUUCUCCAAAGCCAGACAGCACAAAGCCCUCUAAAGCACCACUGGUUGAUGCUACUUACUUUGACAACAGUGAUGAUGAUAGUAGUAGUAGUGCCUACGACAGUGACGAACCUAAAAAGUCUACCAAGAAGAACAAGGAGGACUCUGACAGUGCUGAGGUAGACAUGGAUCUCGACGACAUUGAUGCAGCCCUGGACAUGGCAUUUGACAAUAAAGAAACCAAAAAGACUGAAAGCAAGAAGUCAUCCAAAGAGGAGUCAAAAUCUAGCAGUGCAGAGAAAAAGAAGGAACCUAAAGGAUUGAAGCAGAAGAGCUUGGUGGAGGAAAUGAAGGAACAGGUCCAGAAACGCCAGGAGAUGGAGGCACGGAAUGCAGCUAGACGCAAAGCAGCCAUUGAGGAGAUGAUGGCACGGGAGCUUGAGAGGCGUGUUGGACCACCACGAAAGAGGUCAAGUGAAGAAGAUCUUCCACAGACAGUUUGGGAUAGUAAGAGGCCCAGAGGCUCAGAUGUCAGAAAGAGAGAUCACGAACAUGGAUCACAUCGAUCAUCAAGUGAGAGAGAUCAUGACAGAGACUCUAAGAGAAAACAUGAUGACAGGAAGGACAAGAAAAAGAAAAAAGAUGAUAGACAUUCUAGAGAUAGAGAUGAAAAGGGAGAAAAAAGAAAAGACAGAGACAAGGACAAAGACAGAGAUGAGAAAAAGAAAGAUAAGCAUAGAGAUCGUGAUGAGAAAAAGAAAGACAAAGAUGGAAAGAAAGACAAAGAGAAGAAAGAGAGUAAAAAAGAAGAGAAGAAGGAGCAAAAGGAAGAUACUGAAGUAAAAGUAAAGGAAAUAAAAGAAGAAAAAGUUGUUAAAGUAGAGGAUGACAGUGUUAAAAAUGUCCCUGUGGUGGAGGAGCUGCCCCCAGAGACUGAGAAAUUCCUAGAGAAAGCUAUGGUCAAGUCUGAAGAUAGGUUAAAGGAGGUUCAGCUAGCCAAUCUCAAGAUGCAAGCAUCAGAGUUGGCAGAUUUGGCACUCAGCAAGCUGGAGUUUCUUGAAGUCACAAAGAAAGGCCUUUCAAAGCUACAGAUUCUUUUAAUAGAGCUGGAAACUAGACAUCAAGACUGGCAGGCAGGUGGUCUAAACACAGAAUUCUUUGUUGCCAAACUUGAGGAGGCAAACUGGCAAUUACAGCAGUAUGAGCAGAGUGCAGCACCCCCUGGAUGGACGUGUCACUGGGACAGAGCUUACAGGCGUUACUUCUACAUGAGCAAGAAGAGCAAGCACACACAGUGGGACUACCCAGAUGAUGAGGAUGACGAAGAGGAUGAAAAUGAUGAUACCAGCAAUGCAAAUGCAGAAAAGGAGAGCUCGGACAAGUUCAUUCCGAGGCCACCAGACAGGCAUCCAGGUCAAGAGGGGGAACUUCCACAAUCACCCGAGUCCCACUCUGUGACGUCUGCAUCAUCUGAACCAACAAGUCUGUCGUCAAGUACAAGAGACAUUGAUAUGGUUACCUCAACAACAGUUGUCAGUGGAGGACCAAGGUUGGAGGUUGGGUCAUUAGCCGACACCACUGUUUCAUCAAAGUCAGCUGUCAUAUCUUCUAGCCAUCCAAGAUAUUCAGAGGCAACACGAUCAAAAGAGAACCAUCAAGAAAACCAAAGUUCACACAUUGAUGAAGGUCUACAGCAGAGAGGAGGAGGUUUUAACUAUCUAAGUGGUAAUGAAAUGAAUAUCUUUAGAGGGGAGCCUCCGCCACCAGGCACCGACCUAGAGAUGUUACUAACAGCUCCACCCCCACCUCCUCCCCCAGAUGACCACAGACAAGGAUACGGAAAUCAGAGUGAAGAUGAAGAGGAGGAACAAGAGAUGGACAGAGGAAGACAUGAUAUUCAGAAUGGUGACAGUGACAUGGAUGUAGACAGUAACGAGGCACUGCCCUCUAGUGUCCAGACGUACAGUCCUCAUUCUGAUGGAGUCAUUUCAUUUAAUCAGCCCAACAGGAUAGGGGAACAGAUGUUUGCUCAAAACAUGGACCAAUCUAGUAACAUUAUCACCCGAGGGCCACAGAUCUUCUCCUCAGAUGCUGUUAUUCCUCCCACACAGGGAAUGGGAGACGGGUACUACCCAGCCUCCAUGGCAGAGGUGGUGGAUAGCAGUGGAUCAUUUGCUGCAGCCUCAAGCACACAGGACUUUGCGGAAGGAGCAACUGAGUGUCUGUCCUCUGGUCACCCAUCCUCACCUUACCCUCCUGACAAAGAGAAGAAGAAGAAAAAGAAAGAUAAGUCUAUGAGCAGUACAAGUCUGACACUUAAGAAAAAGAAUGUAUCAUCAAUGGUUCUGAAGUGGCAGAAGGUGAAGAAGGAGGUGGAGAUAGAGGAACGUAACAGGGAGGAACGUGAGAUGGCUAUACGACAACAACUUGAGGAACUCAAACAGGAGUACAGCUGAAUUGUCUCCUUCACCACAUUUACGGGACAUUUGGAGAGCAAAGUCGAUGAUAUUUGCCAAAAGACAAUCAGGAAUUAUGAGAGGAAAUAAUGAAAAUUGUGAAAUUUUUCUUUCACUUAAGGAAAAUCAUUGAAAUGAACAUUUUCAAUUCCUUGUGAUUUUACAACCCUGUCUGACUUUGAAGUCCAAAUAGUGCUACUGUUUUUGUAUUGUUACAGUGAAGCACUUCCUUACUCGCAUUACAUUCUGAGAGAUUCCGAAGCUACAGCCGUGGAAAAAACCUUUGAUGUGCUUAUUGCCAGGCCUGUCAUUGAAGUAUGGAUGUGCUUAACUUGUAUGUGUUUUAAGUUUUGAAGACUUAAAAAUUCAACUUCAUCAAAUAUAGAAUUGAGUGGUUAAUGGAAUAGAUGUAAAUGACUGGCAUGGACUUGGAGUGUACAAUAAGUUCUUUGUGCUGAGAUGUAUGAGGAUUUAGAUUGGGGAUGUUGAUACAUAUCCCCGUGUACAUGAUGUAUGUGAUGUUCCUGCUAUCAGGAAUCUGUUUACAUUUUAUAAAUGUAUCAUAUUGCAUCUUGACAAAGGAAAUAUAUUUUGAGUUGUGAUUGUGAUAUCUUUGAGAUUUAUAUACAAGAUCAAUACAGAGAGAGGAUUUCUAACUUGGAGAACAUAUUAUCAAGUAUUUCUGAUUUAAGUAGGUGAAUCUUGACAACCAAUUUAUAAUAUUUGCCUUGUACAUACUGCUGUAUAGAUGGUAUUGUGUAACAGAGUAAUUUUCUCAUUUAAAAUCAGAUAUACAAUCAUUUUACUUUAUAAAUUUGUUUAAAACAAAUUCUUGGGUAAUUCAGAAUUACUGAGGUAUAUCAGAACAAUCUGGUGAUGAAUUUCAUUGAUUAUUUAAUACAGAUACAGUUGUAUAGAGUGUGUAGAUACUUAAGUACUUAAGUGCUUUGUCAUGGAUGUUAUAGAACACGUAUGACAUCUCUCUUAUCAAAGUUAAGAAAACAGAUCUUAGUUGAGGGUUAGUGGAAAGGUUCCUAUUAACUAGAAUUGAAUCUUAUGUCAAAUUCUAUAGCUCACUAUUAACAAAUGUUGGAGAUCUAAGCAGUAUUUUGACUGUAGAUCUAGUUUGUGACAAGGAUCUUUCAAAAGGGAUGUAUGGACUCUGGUAUAGGUGUAUUGUUACCUUUCAAUUAUAUAAUGAUGCAUUACAAUGAUUUGCCAUAUCAAUAAAAAUAAUUGAACAAG